UUUAUAACUGUUCUUAAAGUCUUAUAAAUCUGACUGCAGCUUCACCAGCUCUGUUCAUCAACUUGAACCGAGCUUAAGAACAAGUGUCACAUUAUAUUCGCUCAUCACCUCAAGGCCCCGCCUUCGUCUCGAUGCUUAUUAAAGCUGCGUGAGUUGAAAGUCGUGCAGGAAGAACCAGUCCGUCCAGUUUCCUGCUCUCAGCCGUUCUGUGGGUAUUUCUGCACUGACGGACAAAUGACAGCUUCUCCUCUCAGACCUCAGCUGUGACAGAACGACUCCGAGCUCCACAAACAAACACAGUUUAAUACUAAGUAGUCAGGAUGUCGAAGAUGGUCGUCAACCAGCCGCAGCCUGUGAUGGAUUCCCAGGAGUCGGACGAGUGGGGAUCAGGGAUAUGUGACUGCUGCCAGGACGUCCCUGAGUGCUGUUUUGCUUUCUGGUGCUGUCCCUGCUUCGCCUGCAUCACCACCAGGGACUACGGACAGUGUCUCUGUCUCCCCCUGCUGGACAUGUUUGGCGUCGUCCCGCCCGUCACCAUGUCCAUGAGAGUCUCCAUGCGGCAGCGAUACGGCAUCAAAGACACCAUGUUCAGGGACUGCUUGUUCGCCACCUUCUGCAACUCCUGCAGCUGGUGUCAGAUGUCCAGAGAGAUGAAGAGGAGGAAAAUCCAGGUCCUUCUGGUCGGAGCCAAAAACACAUGAGACACACGUGAGGAACACGUGACCUCUCGUCACUCGUCUCAUGAAAAGGACGAGUGACUUCAAGUCCAGACUGAAAAACUCCCACAGUGAAUGUUUGGCUGAAAUAUUAAAGUUAUUUAAGUUGCUAAAAGGAAAAAUGAAUGGAAACCAGAUGAUUCUUUUGUCUUUUCUGCUGAGACUAAAAUUGAAUUCUUAUCAUUUGUAUUUACUCUUCACUCUCUUUACUUUCAGAAAGAAAUGACGCAGUUAGAAUCAUAAGAGUCUUUUAUAUAUGUUUUCUAUUUGUGAUUUAUUUAAAAGAUAGAUUUAUAUUUUUUCCAGAUAAAAAUUCACACUUUCAUACAUUGAAAUAUUAGCUUUAAAUUCAUCUUAGGAAUUAUUUCUCUGUGAUUUUUAUCCCUCAUCUGUAAAAUUGUAAACACUUUGCAACACAAUCCUUUUUGUACGAGUGUGGACGAUUCCAUCGAACAGUAAUUACCAACUAACAUAUUGACUAUCAACUAACAUAUUGAUUAUCAACUAACAUAUUGACUAUCAACUAACAUAUUGAUUAUCAACUAACAUAUUGAUUAUCAACUAACAUAUUGACUAUCAACUAACAUAUUGAUUAUCAACUAACAUAUUGACUAUCAACUAACAUAUUGAUUAUCAACUAACAUAUUGAUUAUCAACUAACAUAUUGACUAUCAACUAACAUAUUGACUAUCAACUAACAUAUUGAUUAUCAACUAACAUAUUGAUUAAAGCCCUUUUCUUCUUCUUGCUCUUAUAAUCAAACCUGUUGCUUAUGUUCAUCAUCAGUCAAAUGUGAAGAAGCUGUUGUUGUUCAACAUGUUGGCUUUAAUUAUUGAUUUAUUGUCAAUAAAAUGAAUUAAAAUGUG